AUGGUAGAACCACAGAUAGAAGCUACUUACUCUAAUGACUUAUUGGAAAGAUUUGAUCGACUAAAACGUAAACGACAGGAGACAAUAAAAUUAAAUAAGAUCGAUGCUGCACAAGAUUCACGACGAAGGCAAUUAGUUACAAUCUCGAGGGCUUAUCAGCAUUUGCCAAAUAACAAUGCCUAUAAUUCCCGUGCUGAUUCCAAGAAAGAUCUCACCGAUUUAGAGAGGGCGAUGGAGUACACCAUCGAGGAGUGUGAAAAAUGGGACAAGAAGCAAGAGAGAAAAGCCAACCACGGCAUUCAUGAUCAAGUGAGGCUAGCAGAAUCCUCCUAUUACAAAGAAAUUGAAAAGAUUCCAAUCGAUAUAGAAGCAUAUAAAGCGCAAAAGGCGGAAUUGCAGAAUGAGAGUCAUAACGCCCAGCAGUUGAGCUCAGCGAUACAACCACUCAAAAAAGUCAAGGAAGAAGUGAGCCAAAUAGUCAAGACAUCAAAAGAUCGAAAAUACAAAAAGAGAGCUCGUGACCGCCUGAGUGAAUUGCAGGAUGUUGACGGAUUCAUAAACGAAAAGAACAAACAAUUCAACAUGAAAUUGAAUAGACAAUACCAUGGAAGCGAAUAA